AUGCAUCGUACUCUGCUUUGGCUGUGUGGGCUGCUGAAACCUUUUGUCUCGCGUCCACGCCGACCAAAUCAACAAUAUUUCAUGUUAUCAAGAACUACCAAACGCAAAGUCUGCGUGCCGAUAAGCACAAGCGCACCAAAAACCAAGGCGUCACGCUGCCCGAAGUCGAGACAAAGCUUGUCGAGUGGGUUCUUCGUUGCGAAGAGCUUGGCAUCUGCAUCACUGGGGACAUCAUUCGCCAACAAGCGCACGCCUUCUCCAACGAACUUGGCGCCCAGACUGGUCUGA